AUGAAUUUUCGUCUGGUGGCCAAUUGCCAAGGUCAAAGCCACAAGACAGUGCCUGAAGUUGACCCAUCUAUCCAGGUCCUCCUCCUGAAUUUUAACCUUUUGUCUACAAUCUUGAAUUCUACCUUGCCCCAAAUGGAUUCCCUGAAGAUGUUGUCCCUUGGGAAGCAGUUGGGAGGAUCUCUUUAUGUUGGAGAGAGGGCCUUUCAGAAUGUGGCUAGUCUCACAUUCCUGGACCUUGGAGGUAACAUGAAUGUAACACUACACCCCACUGCUUUUGCAGGCCUGACCAAACUUGAGGUGUUACUCUUGGAUGUUAAUGGCUUUGAUGAAAAGGUAUUGGAAAGAAGAUACUUCCAGGAUUUGCUGUCCCUGAAGAGACUGGAUCUUUCUGGAAAUCACAUUCAGAGACUAAGGCCUGAUCCAACCUUUCAGCAGCUUGGAAGGCUAAGCUUCCUUCAGCUGAAGCUCAACAGAAUUGAGAAGAUCUGUGGGGAUGACCUACAAAACCUCAGAGGGCGCCACCUUAGCUUGCUUGACCUGUCUUCUAACCGUUUGCUCUACCGUGACACCUGCACCAACCCUUUCCAGAAUAUCACGCUGGGAACCCUGGACAUCUCUUCCAAUCCAUGGAAUGUGAUGCAAGUUGAGCAAUUUUUCACAAGCUUAAGUGGCACACAGAUCAAGAACCUUAAGAUGCAACACUCAGGGGGCAUUGGGAGCUCAUUUGGUUUCCGUAACCUGAAGGACAUUUUGGCCAGCACCUUUUCUGGGCUACAUGAUAGUAGCACCUUCUCCCUUGACAUGUCCCAUGGCUUCCUGAAUGAAUUAGUCCCCUCUGUUUUCUCAGGGUUCCCAGAUCUCCAGGUCCUGCUUUUGAGGUCCAAUCAGAUUACUGAAAUCCAUGAUGGAGCCUUUAUCAGCCUGAAUCAACUCCGUGUUCUUGACCUAUCCAACAACCUUCUUGGGGAGCUGUACACAAAGGCCUUGCAAAGUCUGAGGUCAUCACCCCUCCAGUCUCUCAUCCUGAAGUCCAACCACAUUGGAACUGUUCAACAGGAUGCCCUCAUAGGGCUAGAUUUUUUGCAGUUCCUUGACUUGCAGGACAAUGCUCUCUCACAGGUACCAAAGGGGAAACUCUCAUCUCUACGGCACCUGAUGCUUGGGCAGAACAGGAUCAGAGAUGCCUGGGGCAUUGAGCAUCUUAGCCAGAAUCUGACACACCUUGACUUCUCCUCCAACCGCCUGAGUGACCUGGGACAGCUUUGGGUGCAGCUAGGGAAGAUUCCCUCUUUGGUUUUUUUGAAUCUCUCAAGCAACCACUUAUCAAGAUGCUUCAGGGUUCAUGAGGGCCCCAGAUACCUUAGAGAACUGGAUCUUUCCCAUAACAGCCUGGCAGAUGUCUGGAAAGGAGGAAAAUGUGUGGGCAUCUUCCAUCAUUUAGAGAGACUGACAGUCCUGAAUCUCAGCGCCGGUAGCCUCAGAGCCUUGCCUGAGGGUCUUUUCCAGGGGCUGGUGUCUCUGCAAACUCUGGAUCUCUCUGAGAACCUUCUGCCCUUACUUCCAGAGGAUGUAUUUCUUGGUCUGCAAUCUUUGCACACUCUCAGCCUCCGGGGGAACCCUAUGAUGACCCUCUCACCAUCCAUAUUCCAGCCACUUGUACUGUUGUGGACCUUGGACCUGCAAGAAUUGGCCUUGCUUUGUCACUGUGAGCUUGCAGGAUUGCAGACCUGGUUGCAGAGCAAUAGCGUGGCACUGAAAAGAUCUGUGGCAGGCAUUCCUUGCUUUCUUACCACUCCACCUUUCACCCAAGUCUCCCUGUCCUGGUUCCUCCACAGCAACUGUAAUGAGUGGUGAAAUGACCCCCACCAUACUACCAACUGUAGUAACUGGGGAAAACAAGUGUUUUAAUUUGCAUGCUGCUAAUGCUUGGAGGCUAGAUUAAACCACCUUCUCAGGUGGGGACAAGUUACAGGACAGGUUUCAGAGCUAGCUUACAGUCUGCCUGCCUAUGAGAAUGGCAGUUGAGAGCCAAGCUACAAGAAAUGAACUUCAGGAGGAGGAGCACUUGAAGGGAGUCGCAAU